UCAGCAUAAACACACUAUCUCUCUCUCUUCUCAUCUGAAAUGGGGAAACCGCCUCCUCCGAUCCACAAACGCCCCAGCGGGCGCACGAACCUAGCCUCGUGCAUCGUAGCCACAAUCUUCCUCAUCUUCGUGGUCAUCAUCGCCUGCAUAAUCUACCUCACAAUCUUCAAACCCAAAGACCCCUCCCUCGCAGUCAACUCCGUGACUCUCCCGGCCUUCUCCGCCGCCAACUCCUCCGUCAGCUUCACCUUCUUCCAAUACGUGACCGUCACCAACCCCAACCGCGCCGCCUUCGCCCACUACGACAGCUCCAUCCAGCUCCUCCACGCCGCCCGCCAGGUGGGCUUCCUGUUCAUCCCCGCCGGCACCAUCGCCGCCGGACAGACGCAGUACAUGGCCGCCACAUUCUCCGUCAAGUCGUUCCCGGUGGAGGAGACGGAGACCAUGGAGGUGGAGUCCAGGCUGGAGAUGGCGGGCCGGGUUCGGGUCCUGCAUUUGUUUAAUCAUAACGUGGGGGCCCGCGCCGACUGCACUGUUUCGGUUUCUCUUACUGAUGCCUCUGUCUUGGCCUUCCACUGUUAGUUUUCCUUUUCUUUUCUUUUCUUUUUUUUUAAUUUCUCUCUGGGGUUUUCAAUAUCCGAAUUGUAUAAAGAAUUAUGGAUUUUGGUUAUUUUAGGAAAGUUAAGUCUGA